GCAAGCAGAAGCUCUUUGGCCAAUAGAUACAAGUUAUCUGGGUAUAUAAACCCGAGUUGAACUCCUUCAUAGUUGGGCGACCCCUACAUUGGCUUUGGUGAACAGGAUCUGAUCCCAAGGACUGUUACAGCUUUCUUUUCUCCCUCGAAGAUCAAGUCAAAAACGCAACGAUGACGAAGAACAAGCACAACGACUACAAAUUGCAGUUCACCACGGACGAGGAGUUCCCUGACUUGACAGUGCACAACAACCACAUGUCCAAGGCCAUAACCAGGGAAAUAUAUGACAAGCUGAGGAGCAAGUCAACACCCAGCGGAUUCACCCUGGAUGACUGCAUCCAGACUGGUGUGGACAACCCAGGUCACCCGUUCAUUAUGACCGUGGGCUGCAUUGCUGGUGAUGAGGAGUCUUAUGACGUCUUUAAGGAUUUGUUUGACCCAAUCAUCUCCGACCGUCAUGGUGGCUACAAGCCCACAGACAAGCACAAGACUGACCUGAACUUUGAGAACCUAAAGGGCGGUGAUGACCUGGACCCCAACUACGUUCUCAGCAGUCGUGUGCGCACUGGCCGCAGCAUCAAGGGGUUUACCCUCCCCCCCCACAACAGCCGCGGCGAGCGCAGGGCUAUUGAGAAGCUAUCUAUCGAGGCCCUGAACAGCUUGGAUGGAGAGUUCAAAGGCAAAUACUACCCCCUGAAGGACAUGUCUGAUAAGGAGCAGGAGCAGCUCAUUGCAGACCACUUCCUGUUUGACAAGCCGGUCUCUCCCCUGUUGUUGGCCGCUGGUAUGGCACGUGACUGGCCAGACGCAAGAGGCAUCUGGCACAAUGAUGGAAAGACCUUCCUGGUCUGGGUGAACGAGGAAGACCACCUGCGUGUCAUUUCCAUGCAGAAAGGAGGCAACAUGAAAGAGGUCUUCAGGCGCUUCUGCGUCGGGCUCCAGAGGAUUGAGGAGAUCUUCAAGAAGCACAACCAUGGCUUCAUGUGGAACGAGCACAUUGGCUACGUGCUGACCUGCCCCUCCAACUUGGGCACCGGGCUGCGUGGCGGCGUGCACGUCAAGCUGCCCAAGCUGAGCACACACGCCAAGUUCGAGGAGAUCCUCACCAGGCUGCGUCUGCAGAAGCGUGGCACAGGUGGUGUGGACACGGCUUCCGUGGGCGGCAUCUUUGAUAUCUCUAAUGCUGACCGCCUGGGCUCCUCUGAGGUCUAUCAAGUCCAGUUGGUGGUCGAUGGUGUGAAGCUGAUGGUCGAGAUGGAGAAGAAGCUGGAGAAAGGAGGCACCAUUGACGAUAUGAUCCCUGCCCAGAAGUAAAGUGAGAAUCGUGGUUUUUUUAAUACAUUAUUGAACAAGUAACCAUGCCAACCAACGUGUGGACGAGUAAAAAAAAAAAAAAAAUGCUGCGUUGCUCUGACUUGUCCAGAGACUCUUGACUCUGCUUACCUUCUUCAUCAGGUUUUCUUUCCAUCAUUCUUUCAUUUACCUAUCCUUUCUCCCACUUUUCAUUUUCCACUGUUUUCGCCAACUCAAUUGUAACAUCCUGGGAUCAAACUGCCACAUUGCUAGUUGCUUUGUGGUUUCACCUUAAUCAUGACCUUUGGCUGUACAAAUUAUUUGAUUCAAUAAAUUGAGCCCCAUGUAACAAUCAGGA